AUGAGGAGGGAGAACAAGAGCAGCGUGUCUGAGUUCCUCCUCCUGGGGUUCCCCAUCCAGCCAGAGCAGCAGGGAGUGUUCUUCACCCUGUUCCUGGGCAUGUACCUGACUACGGUGCUGGGGAACCUGCUCAUCAUCCUGCUCAUCAGGCUGGACUCCCGCCUCCACACCCCUAUGUACUUCUUCCUCAGCCAGUUGGCCCUCUCUGAUAUUUCCCUUUCAUCUAUUAUAGUUCCAAAGAUGCUCAUGAACAUGCAGACUCAGCAACAAUCCAUUCACUAUGUGGGAUGCAUUUCUCAGAUGUAUUUUUUCAUACUUUUUGCUUGUCUUGACAACGUCCUUCUUGCAGUGAUGGCAUAUGACAGAUACGUGGCCAUCUGUCAGCCACUCCACUACACCACUGUCAUGAGGCAGGAACUGUGUAUCUCAUUAAUAGCUGGAUCCUGGUUCUUCUCUUGCAUUCAUGCCCUAUUGCACACCCUGCUCUUGAAAAGCAGCAUGAAUAGGGAGAACCAGAGCAGCGUGUCCGAGUUCCUCCUCCUGGGACUCCCCAUCCGGCCAGAGCAGCAGGGAGUGUUCUUUGCCCUGUUCCUGGGCAUGUACCUGACCACGGUGCUGGGGAACCUGCUCAUCAUCCUGCUCAUCAGGCUGGACUCUCACCUCCACACUCCCAUGUACUUCUUCCUCAGCAACUUGGCUUUCACUGACGUCUGUUUCUCAUCUGUCACUGUCCCAAAGAUGCUGAGAAAUAUGCAGACUCAGCACUUGUCCAUUUCCUAUCCAGGAUGUAUUUCACAGAUGUAUUUUUAUCUACUCUUUGGUUGUGUUGAUAAUAUCCUUCUUGCAGUGAUGGCAUAUGACAGGUAUGUGGCCAUUUGUCACCCUCUACACUAUACCACCAUCAUGAAGGAGGACCUGUGUGUGCAGCUGGUGGCCAGCUCCUGGAUUCUCUCCUGUGGCAGUGCCCUCUUGCACACCCUGCUCCUGACUCAGGUGUCUUUCUGUGCUGACAACAUCAUUCCCCACUUUUUCUGUAGCCUCCGCAUCCUACUCAAGUUGUCCUGCUCCAACACCUCUCUUAAUGAGCUGGCCAUAUUUACUGCAGGGGCUGUGGUUGUCAUUUUUCCAUUGAGUGGUAUCUUGGUCUCUUAUGGCCACAUUGGGGCCUCUAUUCUGAAGGUCCCCUCUACCAAAGGUAUCUGCAAAGCCUUGUCCACCUGUGGCUCCCACCUCUCUGUGGUAUCUCUAUUCUAUGGAACAAUUAUGGCACUGUACUUUUCCACCUCAUCAGGUAGCUCUAAUGACAAAGACAUGAUUGCCUCACUGAUGUAUACAGUGGUCACUCCCAUGUUGAAUCCCUUCAUCUACAGCCUAAGGAACAAAGACAUGAAAUUGGCUCUGGGGAUUCUUUUCAGAAACAAAAUACUUUUCACCUAG